AUGAGUAUGAUUCGCACAUUGGUUCUCGUUUGUCUAUCAGCCACACCGUUGAAAGCGUGUUUCGGUGCCGGACUGUGCUGUCAUUACCCUACAACAACACCUCCCCCGCCUCCUCCGACAACGUGCGCUCCAACAGGGCCUGCUCCCGGUUGCGUAGCCGCUGUGCCUAUUGUGUAUGCUCCUCCACCGCCACCUCGAGCCGCACCGCCACCACCACCACCACUUGUCGCAACAGUAUCACGUCCUUCUCUUCCCCUAAGUGUUCUACCACCUAUGACUCCUGCCAUAGCACCUUCUCCUAAUGUUGUCCAACCCCAGUACGGUUCAGGAGUUGCUGCACCUGUUCGUGCGAGCCCUUACGUAGGUCCAGCAGCACCACCGACUCCCUACUUCCCACCCGCGCAGAUCAAUGCUGUUCCAGCUAAUAUUCCAUCCGCUGGAAGCGGGAUGGGCGGAGGUGUACGAGGCGACUACAACUUCAAUGAGUUCGUUGGUGGUGUAGGUGCUAAUGCAGGUGCUGGUCCAGUGGCAAGCCAAGGACCCGUCAUGGGGAACUUUCCUAGUGCUGGCAGUGAGCUGUCAGCACAAUCGAUAAAUCCUGCUGUUGGUGGAGCACAAGCAGGCCCAGAAGAACAAGUGCAAGCUGCUCUAGGCACAUACACUCCCAGUACUCCGUCAUUCGUAGCUCCCGCACAACCAGAACAAGGGGUUACAGGAGAAUCGGAAGAAGCCGUUGGCGGAGAUGCUUCCCUCGAAAGCAAAAAACCCGUUCUCGAAAAAGUGAAAACAGUCAGCACUACGCGCACAACUAGAAGUCCUGAGCCACUCAAAGUCUCUAGACCUCGCACAGACGUUGGAAAAGCAGGCGCAACCUAUCUCUCAUCCUCAAGCUUAGGAGGUACAUACUCAGAAACGACAAAAUCAGCAUCCGGAAGUGUAAGUGAUUGA